AAAGGAAACGUUACCGUAAUACCGGGUUAAGGCGCGCUCCUGUGAUCUGUGCUGAGAAGUUUCGCCUUCGCGGGUUUCCCCGCCUAUUGUUAAUGAAGCGACCAGGAACUAGCCGGAGCCCUUCCUGUUCUGUUUAAACGGACCGACCAACAUGUCAGCGUGCGUGUGCGCGUUCAUCCUGACGAGCUCGCUCCUCGCAGUGGUUUCAGGAGCCCUGGGUCCUCCCACAAAUGUCACCCUGAAGUCUCGGAACCUGGACUUGGUCCUGAGCUGGGAUCUACCAGAGGGGUCCCCGCAUGGGUUGAGCUACUCCACAGAGUUCAGGAGCGCGAUCACAGCGUUCCAACCAGCAUGCCGGAACAUCACGGAGCUGAGAUGUGACCUCAGCCUAUUCAACAUCAGCAUCUAUGGGAAUUACACUGGAAGAGUCCGGGCGCUCCUGGGAGCACACAGGUCCCCGUGGACAGCAAGCAACCACAUUGUGCCAGACAAAGACACCAUCAUCGGUUCUCCCAGCGUGUUGCUGAUGUCCCACCACCAAACUCUGGUGGUCAGCAUCGAGGAUCCAAAGUUCAUUCUGUCAUCUCUGAGAAACGUCUUCCACUCUGUUUUCUACAACAUCUCCUACUGGAAGAUGGGACAGGACAGAGAGCUCAGACGCAGAGACAGAACCAGUCAGAACCGGAUGGUCCUGGAUAAUCUGGAUCCCUGGACCGAGUACUGUGUCCAGGUCUUCAUCACCACUGGCAGGACCCCGCAUCCCAGUGAGCCCAGCAGGGAGGUGUGUGAGAAGACUGACAGUGAGGACUCGCCGUGGGUCCCAGCUGUCAUCGUGUUGGUUGUCAUGGUGAUUCUGGUGAUUCUGGUGGUGCUAGUUGUCCUUCGCUGGAGACACAUUUCCCAGUUCCUCUGUUUGAAGGACGUUGUUCCAGAUAACGUCACACAGACUCUCCUGGCACCACCUGAGUCCUCCAUGUUUUUGGCGAUGAAGAACUCUGAGCCCAUUGAGGAGAUCAACCAUCAAGUGAGUGUGGUUGCAGCAGUCAGGACUGUGGAGAAGGAGGUCCUCUAGAGGCAGGAGAGUGUGCAGCAGACAGCCAGAUGGAUGAUGGGUAGAUGGUACAUUUUAAAUGGCUGUAUUUGAGAUAGCAUCUUGUAGGGUUCCACGACCCCCCAAGGCACUUUACAUCACAACCAGCCUUUCAUCCAUUCACACCCUGGUGGUGGUGAGUCACAGCCGCCCCUUGGUGCACUGAAAGCAGUGAGUCUGCUGUUCACAGGCACCACCACCUCCAAAGACACAAGUGCAACAGAUGGGACUUGAACCUGCAACCUCUGCCACCUUCAUGCUGCUUCACACACACACACACACACACACACACUGGAUGGAUGGAUGAACAGCUCAGAGGUUGUGUCGGUACAAACCCGAUGAUGCUGCGUUAUUCCAGAGUGAUGUGGACAGACGGGCGUUGGCUGGUGGUACUGGUAAUUGUGUGCACUUCACACCCCAACUGGACCUCGCUCCCGGGAAGCCUGCUUUCUGUAAAUGAUCCAGACUCGGCAUGAAGCUGUUGUAUCGGGAUGUGAAACAUGUCAGGCGGCGGUUCGACAUGUUUGCAUAAAACAAAGAGACGUCCGGGCUGGAAUUUGAAGCUAUUUAAAGUCUGACAUGAAGAAAAUGUUUUUCACGCUGGACACAACAUGUACGCUCAUUGAUCUCCACACCAACCCUCCCUUUAAACAGAUACUGUAAAAAUGUACAUAUUUUCACCAUAAUGUCUGAAAUUUUUACAUUUUAAGAAAUUAAACAUUUUUUAUUGGAA